UCAUAAGAUUUAUAAUGUUUAAAAAUAUAUUUGGAGUGAUUAAGCAUGACUUUUAUUGCUUCCCAGAAAAAAUCCAAGUAUACUGCCACAAGGCGGCUGCUCUUAAAAACCAAAUUAAUGAAGAAGGCCACGUCUAUGCUGGCAGCUGAAAGAGAACAGAAUAAAAGAGAAAGAGAUGAUGCUCUAACCGAGAGGGUUUCUCCUCUUAAACUGUCUGGCAUGUCUGCGCAGGAGCUCCAGGAACUUUGCAAAGAGCUUCACCGCAAGAUUGAUGUCGUUGACGAGGCUCGAUAUGAUCUUGAAAUAAAAGUGGCUAAAAAUGAAAUCGAGAUUCAGACUUUGACCCAGAAGAUUUGGGAAAUGAAGGGUACAAAGCAACGAACCAAACUGAAGAGGGUCAAGAAGUCACACGACGCCAUGCUUGGUGCGCUGACUGAAUCCAAAAUGUCAUCCAAGGCCGAUUUCAAAGCCAAUCUGAAGACAGUAAAGAAAGAAGAAGAAAAGAAAGAAGAGGUGACCGACUGGCGUAAGAAUGUGGAGGCCAUGUCUGGAAUGGAGGGCAGAAAGAAGCUGUUUGAUGCUGGACAAUAAAAAAACAACAAAGUAACACAAUCAAUAUGAAGACAAGAAGGCUCCCAACACACAUGGUUUGACGCAAGAAAAUCCAAACCUAACAAAAAUAUGUUUCUUGUUAUAACUAUUAAUGUCAACCAAACACCGUUUAUACUGUUCAUAAUGUUUUUGUAGUCAACCUUUGAACUUAGUAUGUCUUUACCAAUUCUUGUGCUUUGUUGCAAUAUGUAGACAGAAAUGUUUACAUCUGAAACAAUAGUUUAUGUUUUGUGUAGUGCUGGAAAUGAGUUGUACUGUGCUGUUCAGGAAUAAAAUAUGUCAGAUUUUGUAACACCUUCUGUGUUACUGGAAGUAAAAUCUGCAAUGUAAUGGCAUUCCAAAAAUAAAUGACCCCAUUCGACAAAAGAA